AUGAGCGGCGCUAAGCGACCAGUGCCGAUUGAGCCUGGGGCCAGGGAGGAUAGCAGCAAGCGCUUAUGCCUGGAUUUCCAUGGUCGCCCGGCAGACAAUAGCUGGGGUACUAAUCCAACUUUCGCGAUCGACAAUAGCCACACGUCCCUGGGGGACUAUACCCACCUUCAACAAUGUAUGGCCAACGAUGGGACGGCCCAGGAGAUGCCAACAAUAGCCGUUCAGGGUUGUUUGUGGGGAGGUAGUGCUGGGGCGAUGGACGGUACAUCAGGAGGGCCUAUGACUGCGGAUGUUCCGAUGAUGGGUUACGAUUAUACAGGCUUCCAAGGUACAUCGUGGGUGGGCAUCGACGGUCUGCCGAUGAUGGCACCUCCCAAUUCAACCUAUCAGACCAACCAAACAUAUCCGAACUGGUGCGAGCAGCAGAGUUCAAUGCCUUUUGAUAGCAUGGCAAGUCUCAACAACUACAUGAAUCCAACCCAGUUGGUAGAACCGGGCGAUUUGAACCUGAAUUGGGAAAGCUCAGCAUCAGCAGUCGAGAGUGAUGCUUCUUUUCUCGUGCCAGAAACAACCAACUGCACAGGCACACCGGCCGAAGAGUUGAUCGUAAUCACACCAUCGUCGGCAAAUGCCGACGUCGAGAUGUCGCAGAAAAUGGCUCAGCAAGUGGCGAGCAGUUCCCCUUGCGACCAAAAGAUCGUAUCGUCUAGUGAACAGCAUGACGUGGAUGACGAGGUAAAAGGGAGUGAGUGGGAUCUCGGGGAAUGUGACACUUGCUUUGGAGAGAUCGUUGCUACUGCAACAUCAAGCUUUGAAGGCCAAGAUGGCAAGGAGUCCGCUCGCGUUCGGAUCAGACCCUUUGGCAACGUUCUUAAGCUCUCACUCGCAGAAACAGAGACGUAUGCUGGGAUUCUCUGCAUGCCGGGCCUUGUCACGCUUCUUCAGAAGUGUUCCGUGGAGCUUGUUGCAACCAUUUUUGCCGGACACUCCAAGUCAAAGCCAAAGUCUAAAUUAAAACCCAAGUCUAGAAAAGACGCAAAGACGGACUCUGGUGAGUAUUGUGAUCCAACAGUGCGGAUUCUCGUCUACGGAUUGCUCGACGAAAUGGACGCCGUCGCAGCUUGCUUGUCAGAGGCAGGGCUUUUCUUGCAGCACCCGACAACGGCGGAAUAUAGGCCGGGAGUCUCCUACAACAACCCGCAUUAUCUUCUCAGGCCUGGAGGCGUGAUGCCGCGGCUGCAAGACUUGACAAUUAAAGAGGAAGAUUCCACUCUGCCGGGAUCAUUGUCCGAGAGCGAGAAAAGCAAGAUCAUGCGGGUGUUCGAUUGUGCUAAUCACGCGGUUGGUGGCGCCAACCUUGAAAUCGCGUCAAGCCCAAGACUGGCCACAGACUUAAAGGAGCAUCAGUUGGUAGCCCUGUCAAUGAUGGUGGAAAGAGAGUCUGGCAGCAUAGACGAUCUAAGAUUCCCGUCGCUGUGGGAGCGCUCACCGGGUGAUCAGAAAGAAUACCGCCAUGUCGUAACGGGUAAGACCGAAGCCAAACCAGUCCCGCUGCGCGGCGGUCUUCUCGCAGACGAGAUGGGUUUAGGCAAGACCCUGAGUUUGCUGGCCCUCGUCUGCCAAUCGCUCGACGGGUUUGACAAGAAACGGCCACCGGUCGAUUAUCCAAAAGGAACACUCCUUGUUACACCCAAGUCCACCAUUCCUGGUUGGGAGGCACAAAUCACGAGGCAUAUCAAACCGGGAGAAGUACGAUAUCUGGUUUAUCAUGGGUCCAACCGCCGAGGAGCGAAGCGAGGACUCUCGAAAAACUAUGAUAUUGUGAUAACCACGUAUGAGACGUUGCAGCGAGAUGUGAGCACUGAUGGUGUGUUGCAUGGCGAAAGCUGGUACCGCGUGGUUCUUGAUGAGGCUCAUCGUAUUCGGAAUCGAUCUUCUCAGAACUUCAAGGCUGCCACUGCGGUUAAGGCACACUUUCGAUGGUGUCUGACAGGCACGCCGAUUUACAACUCGUUAGAUGACUAUUGCUCCCUUCUCAGUUUUCUGCAGGUGCCAAUGUUCGGUGACAAGCGCUCAUUCGACCACUGGAUAACAGCACCUAUGAAAAGAAACCAAGAAUUUGCCCUUCAGUCUUUGCAGGAUCUGGUCGGUGCCACAUGUUUCCGGCGGACAAAAGCCAUGGUGAAGGCAGGGGUCGAACUUCCAAUAAAGAAUGAAAGAAUCGAGACAGUGCACCUCUCAAAGACAGACAGGGAAGUGUACAAGUUCUUCCAGGCUAAGGCAUCAAAAGCGGCGGGACAGAUUAAUGGUCCCGAGCAAGGUAUGUCGGGUAUACGGGAAGAGCGGAGAGAAAAUACACUUGCUAUUAUCAACAUCCUCCGACGUAUUUGCAAUGCCGGGGAGCGGCUUCUUCCUGCUUCGGCAGUAGCAGAAUGGCACGCACACCAAGGGGAUCUGAGAGCAGAGGUAUUCGCUGCGCGGCCAGCACUUGGACUGUCACCGGCGUCGAGUUCCGCUGGCGACGAUAACAACGGUAGUCCACAAAGUGAUCGCGAGUUGAUUGAAGAAUCUGGAUGUCCUCCAAGCGUCGGAGCCUUCCGUUCGGCCAAGGUGCAAGCGCUUUUGAGAAAUCUAGCCAAGGAGCAGAGGGCAGAGAGAGAGCGCGCACCCAACCACAGUAAGAGCGUCGUGUUCAGUCAAUGGACAGAUAUGCUUGACCUCGUCGCCGAAUCCCUGAAAGGAAGCGACUACCAAUAUGCCCGAAUUGAUGGACAAUCAAGCCUCCAGACCCGGCGCUCAGAGAUCCAGAGGUUUGGCAAGGAUAUCCAUUGUACAGUAAUGCUGGCCAGUAUUGCCAGCGCCGCUGAGGGGAUUGACCUUACCGCAGCGCGAUACAUCCAUCUUCUCGAACCCCACUGGAACCCAAUGGUUGAAGCGCAGGCGGUGGACCGUGUCCAUCGAAUCGGACAAGCUUGCGAUGUAACUGUCACCAGAUAUCUGACAGCAAGUUCUAUAGAAGAUUAUGUCCGGUGGAUUCAAGACGACAAGAAAAGGCUCAUAGAACAGUCUCUUGACGCUGUCACCGACACACAGCUAGAACUUGACCGUCAUAGAUGUGAAAAGCUGCGCCAGUUUCUCGGGGCCCAGCAAGACCGCGACGUUGAUUAA